CAGUGUAGUUUUACACCAUUCAAACGUAGACACGUACUUAUUUUUUCAGUAAAGUAUACAAUAUUUUAAGCGAAAUAUUUAAAGCGAUCAAAUUCUAGUUAUCCUUAAGACCAAAACAAUGUCGCAACUAGAAAAAGUGGAGAUUGCAGGCUCUUCGAAUUGGGGUCAAGUUGAAGGCGUAAAGAGGGAGCCCAAUGAGAAGGUGGCUGUGGUGGCAGCUCGUCCUACGUCGGGAUCUGGUGGUCUUGCGGCCAGGUGGUUGGCCAUGAGGGGUGCCACACCCCAACCCACUUUUCCAACGACAACUGGCAUAACCGAUGCCUUUUACUCUGAAGGAUCCUCCUCGGCCUCGUUCACCUCUGUUUCACCCAGAUCCUCUGACUCCACUGUACCUCCUGUCGGCCGUCCCCAGUUUUCAACCGUUCUAAAGGGUUGCAACAGUCAGUUGGCCCAGCACGGGAACGACUUAAGUACACUGGAAGCGGCCGAGGACUUCCAUGCCACUCUUACCACUGUUUAUGAUGCAGUGGGUCGUCUAACUGCAGAAACUGCUGUCAACUUGCGAGACAAUCCCAACGAGUCCCAGUUGUACAGGAAACUGGUAUCGCAUUUGGUGGAAAUUGAGUCUAACAAAAACCUGGUGCAGUCUAAAAUAAAUGAGUUCAAGGAGGAGUCGGAGGAAGUACCUGCAUCCGAACCAAAUGCAGAAAGGAACGAAUUCCAUUGACUUUCGUUCGGCGCUUUAGUCAAUUUUUCAGAUGAAAGUUAUUAAAUUGUUAUAUGUCUAUUUUGUUUAUUGUAAACCGAUAAAUAUUUCGAAAGCGUUA